CGAGAAGCUCCCUCACACUACGAACACGUUUCUUCUUUAAAUCUCCGCUAACAGCGUAACUGUACGUCAGUUACGCGGGUUUGGAGCUCGCGCGUAGUCGACGCACGUACGUGGAGCUGGAACAGAAAUUAAGCGAACUGUCCAAGAAACACUGAAGAAAAACGUUUUCUUUCGUUUCGUUCACUCAAUUCUGACAACAGCCCCGCUUAAACACCGUCAUCAGGGACAGAGAGUCUCCGUCUCUUUACAUCCAGCUGCUGUUUGGUGGCCUGCGUUAUUCCACAGAACAGCAGCAGAUGAAAGAAGCAAUGCCUGAAAAACAUGUCUCACAAAGAAGAUAACGAGGAGAAGAGGCGCUGCCACCGCACUGAUUUGUAUGCCAGCAUCCCUCGAACAUGUCUGCCUAUUGUGUACCACCCAGACUACAACAUCACUUUUAUGGGCCUUGAAAAGCUUCACCCGUUUGAUGCGGGAAAGUGGGGGAAAGUCAUCCGCUUCUUGAAAGAGGAGCAGUUUAUCAAUGAUGGGAACCUUGUGGAAGCUCGUGAAGCUGCUGAGGAGGAUCUGCUGAUCGUUCACACCAAACGCUACCUCAACAGAUUAAAGUGGUCUCUGGUGGUGGCAACCAUCACAGAAAUUCCACCUCUCCUGUUUCUGCCUAAUUUCCUGGUGCAGCGGAAGGUGCUAAGGCCUUUGCGGACUCAGACAGGGGGAACAAUAAUGGCAGGAAAACUUGCUGUUGAGCGAGGGUGGGCCAUAAACGUAGGAGGAGGCUUCCACCACUGCUCCAGCGACAGAGGAGGUGGAUUUUGUGCCUAUGCUGACAUCACUUUGGCCAUCAAGUUUCUGUUUGAGAGAGUCGAAGGCAUCUCCAGGGUGACCAUCAUCGAUCUGGAUGCUCAUCAGGGAAAUGGACACGAGCGUGACUUUCUGGACGACAGGCGAGUGUUCAUCAUGGAUAUGUACAAUCGCUACAUUUAUCCUGGAGACGAAUAUGCCAAAAGAGCAAUAAAAAGGAAGGUGGAGCUGGACUGGGGCACGGAAGACUCAGAGUACCUUCAGAAGGUUGAGCUCCACAUGGAGGGAACACUGAAUGAGGUCUUGCCUGAUAUCAUCGUUUAUAAUGCAGGGACAGACAUCUUGGAUGGGGACCCACUUGGGGGACUCUCAAUAUCACCACAGGGCAUUAUAAAGAGAGAUGAGCUCGUGUUCAGGGCUGCGAAGCGUCGUGGGAUCCCCGUACUCAUGAUGACAUCCGGAGGAUAUCAGAAGAAAACAGCCCGAAUAAUCGCAGACUCCAUCCUCAACCUGCACCGGCAAGGUCUAAUAGAAGGCAACGCGGCGGAAGGAGAGGGAUCGACACCGCUGACGACCCACAUGACGCCCACCUCUGGAUCGGCAGGGUCAACAUCCACAGCUGUCUGAGGAGCCUUGAUCCUGGAGCUAACACUAAGAUACCUGACUUUAAAGCACUAAGUAACUUUAUAUUGUGCUGUGAUCGUGUGACAGCUGUUGUAACAUUCAACACUUGUCUAAACUCAGAUUAUGUAACAAGAAGUUUGCACAUGUACACUUAAAUAUUCAUAAGCUUUGGUAACAUUUUCACAUUUGUUAUGCGCAGGUUGACACGUACUCAAAGGGAAUAAUCAUUCCGAGGGAAAAAGCUGUCUUUAAACAACCGUGUUUUCACAGCUACGACUUUCAUAUGGCGAAAAGAGCUUUUUAAAUGUUUAAUCAGUAGGAGAGUUAUGGGUUUUAUGUGUAAUGUGUGAUCAGCAUUUUGGCUAAAGGUAAUCUUUAAUCUCAGGAAAUGCAGAACUAAUAAUAGCAUAUGAAGCAUAUGCUAUAUUAAGGCUUGAUGUACUUAAAUAAUAUACUUCCAAUGUAUGUGUAAAUAAUGUCUCAAGUUAUAAAUAUAAAACAUAUAUAAUAUAAAAACAAACAUAACCGCACAUGAAAGUGUAAUUAUCUUAAUCAGAAGUAAUCGUUGGGUGAAUUUUAACAUUGAAAGAAGAUCAAAUCUAUAUAUAUAAGUGAGUAGUGUCUUAAUUGAGAUGAGUUUUGUGCUUUGAAUCCAAUCUAAUAUGUACAGUUAAUGUUUAAAGUUAUUACAGGUACUAAUUGUCCCUGUAAUUGAAAAGAUUUGAGACACUAAAACUUUUGACUGAGCACUUUAACUGCUUAAGAAACUCAAGUCCCCCAAUGUUUUAGACUCCUGAAAUUCAGUCUGCUUCUUCCAGCAUGUCUAGAUUUAAGUCUAAAACCCAGAGUGUUCAGUGAUUAAUGAGAAAGCCUGUACAGCAGGGUUUCCAGUGGCUUUCACUUUUGAUUGGUUGUUUAUAGUUAGACACAGAGCUUCCCUAAUGAUGUUUACACAUGUCGAAACUUUGUAAAGGGAGCCACAAAAACACUCAGAUCAAUAUGAUUAAUGCAGCAGCUGAAACAAAAUCACCGCUUCCAAACGAUACUAAAGACAUCGUCUGACACAGACUGAAUACAAGCUGUGUGCUGGGGUGUAAUGACCACUACGACAUUUUACUAUCAAUCUCUGCCUAAAACACGAACUGAGGUCACAGUGCAUCACAAGCCUUUCUGUGAAAUACUGCCAUUGUCCUUCUUUGCUAAUAUAAGCUGAUAUCAUAUGACAGGGCAUAGUGGUCCCACGUGAACCUACACUGCAAAAACCCACCUCCUUAAUACUAGAUAAAUACACUUAUUUUUGGUGAAGAUUUGCUUAAAACAAGUGAAAUUAUCUGCCAGUGGGGUAAGUGUUUUUUUUCUUAUUAAGAUUUCUUGAAACAAGAACAGAAUAUCUAGAUUUAAAUAAAGCUAAAAAAUAAGUCCAUCCAUCCAUCUUCAUCCG